AUACUCUGUUCUUUCAAGUCUAUGGGCCAAGCUCGAAGAACUCAGUCACUGGAUAAAAAUAGGAGACUCUCAAACUUCUUUCUGAUAUUAGGCACAUUUUAGAUUAUAAAAAGCAAGACUGAACGGCCGUGAAACCGAGUGGAAGAAGCUAAAGAAUGAACGAGCAAAAAUGAAAAAUACGAAGAAUUCAGCUGUGAAAGAAAAUUGAGAUAUGAAAUUUUUCUCGUUUUCAUGAAGACUUGGCUGGAUAUAAUGUCGCACGCUAGAUGAAAAACACGUAGCACAUAAACUUUAUCUCUGACGAAAAAGAAAAAUGUCCUCGCUGGAUGCUCUGUGGUAGAUUAUCAGACAAUACUGAAUGUAUAGCGGAAAAGAGCAUCGAGGGAGUGACAUGGCAAUUCAGACGUUUGUAUUCUUGGACCUGGAGACAACUGGUUUGAUCCAAGGUACCGUCUUGCCGAGAGUUACAGAGAUCGCUCUAAUUGCCAUCUCGAGAGAGUCAAUUUGCAAUGGCGACAAACACUCUUUGCCACGAGUCUUGCAUAAGCUGGUUCUUCCGGUUAAUCCACGGAAGGUCAUACCUCCGAAUGUGGAGGACCUGACAAAGCUGUACAACGCGGAUAUGCACCUACUGCAACCUUUUGAGAAUGGGAUUUAUGAGUUAAUAAUGCACUUCUUGAAACGCCUCACACCACCAAUUUGCUUCGCAGCGCAUAACGGCAAUGGGUUUGAUUAUCCGAUAUUCCUGAGGGAACUUGAACAUAUUGAUAAGAUACUUGACAAUGAAAUACUAUGUAUUGACACGUGGAGGAUGUUCCAAGAUUUCUUUAUUAAUUGUAAGAGAGACUUGGAACCAAAAGCAGUCCAAAAUUUGUUGAGCGAUGAAUACAAUGACUCGCUGUUGGAUGUGGACAUGGCGGUGGCAGAGAAAGAGCCCCAAAUUAUCGCAACCACGUCUACUGCGCAAACAAUGCUUCCCUGUGAUAAAUAUGCCAAAGUUAUAAACUAUGAAACAGUAGAGGAGUAUAGUAAUGGUGUUGAUGUCCAAUCGUCGAAAAAUCCCAUACAAGAGGUGAAUGAAAAAACACCAAAGAAUCAAAUAAUGAUGCUGGAGAAUAUCUCCCCGCAGCGACCGUUCAAGAAAAUCUUCCCGAAGAAGAGAUUGAACUUUGAACGUGAGAAACCAGUUAGUUUGAAACUCGGUGACAUUUACGAACAUAUGUUUGGUUCGAACUUCUCGUACAAUCAUUCAGCUGAGGCUGAUUGUCUUGCUAUGAUACGUUGUAUCAUGAACAUUUCUGACUUUUUUCUUGAGUGGUCACAGAAUCACGCAAUUCCAUUGAUCUGCUGCAAAAAAACAUGAUACAACACUAUUAAAUGACGACAAAAUUAAUGAAAAGCUCCUAAAAUAAUAUAUACAAUUAUCGGGAAUGCAAAGUUAAUGUCUAUAAAAUUUCAGAUAAUAUCAAAUGUGUAUUCCUCUGCCCACAUUGAAUUAAAAAUAAGUAAUUAUCAUAAUUUGAUGGCUAAUGUAGAACGAGGAAUUAUAUGCUUUAAGUGCAUGUGUAAACAUAAAUAAUUCAUUAAACAGAAGAAACCUUAAAUCAUCUUUCAUCUUAGGAACUUUAAAUUGAUAUUUUCAGCUAAUUUAUGGCUAUAAUUUUGUAACAUCACCAUUUCCUAAAACUAUGAAUUUAAAAGAAUUCAUGGAAAUUGUUAGUUGUUGUAAUUGACUUAAGACUUACGAGUAUAAAAUAUGACUGAUUGAUGAUUGUAGAAAGACAAAAGAUUGUAAUUUCGGAUAUUUGCUUGAAUGAUAAGCUUAUGAUGACGAAAAAUCUAAUGAUGGAUUUCUUUCGUAAUGUGUUUUUCUAAUUUAUACGUUAAUUAAUUUUAAAAUGUGAUAUUUUUAUAUAAUACAAAAAAUCUAUCAUCUGAUUUUUAUGUGAGUUGCAUUGUAAAAAUGCAAUAUCAAUUCCAUUCAUAAAUAACAACGUCUUCUCUAUAACAGCGCGAUCUAAUUCCGAGCGCGCUUUGUUGCCUAAUUACUCUCUACAAUUGUGUAUGUUGCUUAUUUACAGCAUAUAUACAAAUUUUAAUACCCUUCACUGUGUGCAACAUUUGUAAAGUAAAAAAAUGAGAAUAAUCUUUUUACUCAUAGAUUGGUAAACAGAUUUAAAUAUAACGAAUGUAAAACGAUAAAUAAUACAUUUAAAUCUGAAAAUGUACAAUAUCAAACUUUGGCAUAAAGCUUCGCACUUUUAGUUCAAUAUUUGAAAUAGAAUAUUAAUCUUCAAUAAGUGAUAAUAUUGCAAUACAUAUAUAUUUUCCUCUUUCUCAAAUAUUUUUGUAGAAAAUAUUUUGAUUUUUAUAGAAAAUAUAGAAAAUGAAAUUUUUUAAAUAUUUUUAUAGAAAAUAUUUGAGAGAAAACAAGAGGAUACUAAUGUUUUGUAGAAAUAUAGUUGUUAUAAAAAAUGUAAAAAAAACACUGUUAAGUUUUAAUAGCCCAUGUUUACUACUAAAAUUUUAUGUGACUUUUACUUAUUGUUGGGUACAUGUAUCUUGUAUGAAAAAUACGAGAAUACUAAUUAAGGAUACUUCAAUGAAUGAUUAGUCACCAUCACUCUUUCUAAUAGCUAAUAAAAGUUGUCUUGCAAAGUACCUCUUCAAAGGAGUUUUAAUUAAUAACAACAAAAACAAUCUUUUUUAGCAUUAUUAACUUUGGAUAUUUAAUGUGAUUUCUUUUUGUAAUAGAUAUGCAUUUAUCUUUUUGUAAAUUUAAUGGAGAGAUGACAAGAUAACAAAAAUGUUUUUAUAUUAUAUGUAUAACUGUGCAACAAAUUAAUCAUUUUAUCGAGAUAAUGCAUUUCUGUGUACAUGUGUGUAUGUAUUGUAUGUGUAUACUUUACUAUAUUCAUAGAAAUGCGAAUAAAAAUGUUCAAUUUUAAA